GUGCCGAACGUUACUCCACAGCUGCAUUCGCGUCCCCAGCUGAAAAAAAAGUUGAGACGUCGUGGUGCAGUGCAGUGCGAAUAGGACGAGAGACGACCACCCUUCCUUGUAGCCAAUCUAAACGUCGCCUUGAAUAUAUUUCCAUGGUUUCAUCUUCUCCCCUUUUCUCUGUCAUAUACCUUUUCCAGCUAUCAAUUUAAUACUACAUUGAUUGCGCGACCGUCGCAAAAGUCUACGCGUAAUGGCAAACUCUCCCAGCGAGACGCAGGUCCAGGACUUUGCGCUGCCUGCCUCGCCCACGUCUCCUACCGACGGCCCCGCGCCUACUCGCCUCACCAUCGACACCCAGCUCGAGCAGCAGAGGAGCCGUGGACGCUCUGCAACCGCAACAACAGCCACGGCAGCACAACUAUCCCCCGAGAACCUCCUCUCCCCCGACCGCGCCUCGAUAGACUCGACCCUCCGCCGCCGCGUAACGCGCUCGCAGACAGUGCGACACUACCAGUCCCCGACCCGCCCAUAUCAACACCAAGAACCAGGUGCAGAACCUGGGGUGGAUACGAAGAAUGACACAGACGCUUCCCACUACCACCACCUCUAUACCCCCUGUCAGAUCACCAUCGUCGACUUCUCAGAGGAGAGAGUCGAGUGCCAUGAGCUGGACAAUGAUAGCCUGGAAGACUUUCUCAAGUACCCAAAAGAGGACUGGGUGUCAUGUCGCUGGAUCAACGUCAAUGGCCUGAGCUGGGACGUCAUUCGCACCCUGGGCAACCACAAGCAGCUGCAUCGCUUGGCCAUUGAGGACUUGAUGAGCACCCAGAGCCGGACCAAGGUGGACUGGUAUUCGGAUCAAGCUUUCUUGCUCUUGACUCUUUCCAAGCUUGUCCGCACCCCCGUUGAUGACGACUCGGACAGCAGCGAUUCUGACUCGGACGAGGAGGAGGCACGCAGACACCGCUAUCAAGCGCGUUCUCAAUCACGACACCCAAAGAAGAAGAAGAAAAAGCAGUCCUUCUUCAGAGCUGCGAGGAACGCAUUCGGGCCCACCUCUGAUGCCAACAAGAAGCAGAAGAGCAAGGAUGAUAUCAUGCACACCCUGGAUGGCCUGGAGAAGCAACUCGACGGGACGCCGCUUUCGACCGUCCCCACGCCGCCAGCUACAGCCUCAGUCCGCACUCUCCAACGCUACCGCGGCGGCUACAAUCUCGACCGAAUCGUCUAUCUCGAGCAGCAUUCUGCUCUCACGCCCAAGCAUCUCACUGUCAGCGUGGAACAGGUCAGCAUCUUCUUGCUGGCCGACAACAGCGUCAUCUCCUUCUUCGAGCACUCAGCCCCUGAAAUCGAAGAAAUGAUCCUCAAGCGUCUGAAGACCGAAGGCACCAUCCUACGUCGCAGCCAAGACAGUAGCAUGAUUGUGCAAGCUAUCCUUGACGCCAUCAUCGACUUGGCUAUCCCGGUUGUAGCGGCGUAUGAAGACGCCAUGGGCGAGCUUGAACUCGACGUCCUCGAAGAUCCAGAACUCCACCACAGCCAGCUACUCUACCUCCUCACGUCUGAACUCUCCAUCCUGCGGAACACGAUCCAGCCCAUCAUCAGCCUCAUCAAUGCGCUGCGUGACCACAAGAGCGACCCCUUGGCCCAGUCGUGGAUCAGCCAGUCCAACUCCAACCUCGCGACCCGCAAGACCAUGACGUCCAUUACCAUUUCCCCGCUGGCGCAUACCUACCUAGGCGACGUAGAAGACCACUGCAUCAUGAUCACGGCCUCGCUCGACCAAAUGCGCCGCGCGGCUGACAAUCUCAUCGAUCUGAUUUUCAACAUGAUGGGCGCCUACCAAAACGAAUCCAUGAAGAUCCUCACCGCAGUCACCAUCUUCUUCCUCCCCCUCACUUUCCUCGUCGGUUACUUUGGGCAGAACUUUGAACGCUUCAAUGGCGUCAAGCACCAUUCCGACGCCUUUUUCUGGGUCAUUGCCGUGCCUGUCAUGGUCGUCACUAUGCUUGUUCUGAUGAGUGAUAGCAUCGCGAGGAAAGCGAAGCGCUACAUGGGCAAGGUGAAACGGCGGCAGGCGAAGCGCAGGGCGGUGAAGAAGGGGAAGGCUGAUGCUGGGGGUGUCAAGAAUGGGAUUGGUAUGGCUAUGCAUAAUGGCAUUGGCUUGAAUGUCGGUGAGAAGAGGAGGAUGAAGAAGAGGCAGACUAUGUAUACCAAGGGCCAGAUAGGCUCGUUCUGAGUGGAUUUUGAGGCAUGCUACUUUUCUGUGUAUUUGAUUGGUUUUGCUAUAAUACCCUAGAUUUUAA